CCAGAUCACUUGAAGUGCUUCACGAGAGCCGGUUGUUAGCAGAGCUGUCUUUCUCAUUGUUACCUGAGCCUUAUGUCAACUGGUAGUUUAGAUUUUGGGCUGCUGACGUAUUAUGUCCGAGGGUUGAGCCCACCAGCCUUCAUAACACUUCGUCGGGCAGGUACAAAGGACGAUCUGUGCCGGUGAAUCAGUGUUGCUCGGUGCCCGUGGAUAUUACCAGUAAUGAGGCCGUGUGCUUAGAAACUGGCGCAUAGAGAAUCACAAACCAGUUCAAAUAUCUCAGGCAAGGCAGUCGUACAAGUUUCAUCACAAGCUUCAUCGCACUGUUUUGAAAGAGACUUCCAUGAUAGUCGACGCGUUUGGGACAUCGUUCAGUCGAAUGUGAUCUUCAAUUCGAUUUCUCUCAAUGGAAAUGCGUACCACUAAUGGAACUUCAGAUUUUGCCACCGGUUGAUUUCCGUCCCCUUAAGAAAUACCCUAACGCCACGGAAGCAUUUACGGUUCUCAUCUUGUCGAUAAUGACGACCAGACAAGUUGCCUAACAUCGGAAGCGAAACUGACUGACUUUCACCGCAAGGAAGAUUUGAUGCGAAUUUUUAUCAACUUCGAUUAGUCAGGUGAAAAGCAACUAACUCAAGCAGACAUUCAUUCUCUUAGUUGGCCUAAACUGCUUGACAGUGGAACUCCAACCUGUACCAGUUGUCAAGGAAACGCCAAACAAAUUUCGAUGAAAAUUGAAGUCAUACCUGUGUGCAAGCUGUUAUCAAACCAUAUUUUUUUAUAGGCACUGCUGCAUAUAUCACGACUUCAAUCUGACUAUGAACCCUGCCGGAUCACAAACCAUAAUUUGAUUGACUCCAUUGACAUGUCGACGUGACUGAAUGCUUGGCUGAGUUGUCAGAGUGCACCACAUCUUGAUUGGAUUUAACCUCCCCAACCCUGCAUGCUCAUACAUCAUGCAGGUCGGGUGUUUUUGCCGAUAUGCCAGCCCGAGAGCUCAUUUUCUAGUAAAAUGGGGCAAAUAUUCACUGGCGUGUAUUUAAGUGGAUGUGAUACAAACACCAAGAACACAACGAGGCAUCCAUGAGCUUCAACCUUUGACUGACAACCAACAGUAUUUUGCACAAAAUGUGCUCAAACGGUAAGCUGCGUGCUUUCACCCUCAGAUUCAAGAACUUAUGGAAAUGAUGUACAAGUCAUUUACAUGUACAUGUACUUCGGAGAAUAAUUUUGAACACCACCAUAAGUUUCACUUUACGUGAUGGGCCAACUGGUUGGAUUUUGUAGUUUCAGUGCAAUCCUACCAUGGAACGUCUCAUCGGAUGGACGGAGAAGUGUGUGACCAUCACUCGGCAUUCGCAGGAAAUCUCUGACAUUCUCUGAAUAGAGUGCCGAUUAACAAGGUGUCAUGGAAACUGGAGAGGGUUUCAUGUCGGUCAUGGACCACGGGGUGGAGGUCAGCAUCGAACACUUACCAAAGAUCCCUUGCUCCAAGUUCACCAUCAUCGGCAACUCGCGCAUGCGCAACAAGAAACCCGUCCGGAAGAAGGAGCAAAUGUGGAAGGUCCCCAAGGGCUCUCGGCGACACCACACCGCCGACCAAGAGAAGAAAUCUGUUCAGGAUUUGAAACAACCCCUCAAGGUCACCGCCAAGUCCCUGGAACCGAAGUUUGGAAAUCAAGAGGAGAACAAUCGACUGGACAAGAAUGGGAUCUACGGGGACGCCUUUCAGCGGACUCUAGACCUGACGCAUCCGGGCAGCAGAGGCGGCCCUGCUCAGCGAAAGCUGGAGCCCAAACCUGAGAAAAAGAUCAUCGAUGCGUUUUACCGGGAUAAGAGCAGUCUGUUUCUUCAUCAGUUUGGAAAGAAAAACGCAGACAGGAGAUCCGGUCGCCACGACUUGUCACUCCCUUCGCUUGCCAAGGGGAGGCUAGGAACCGACAAGCCGACUCAGAGUUGUCAAGGUACCGCCCGUCAUUACUGUGACGUGGUGGGCCAGCGAUACUGCACCGCCUGUCUGCGGAUGCAUCGCCUGGACAAGCUGGCCUAUCGGUCCACGGAAGGCGGGAAGGAACCGCGCCCAAAUCCGAAAUCCAGUUUCGGGACGUUCUUGCCCAAUAUCCGGACAAAACCGGAUGGAGAUUGGACUACGGGCGCGCCGAGCUCCAAGCACGGGGCAGCAAGGACCAAAUCCUCCCCCUUAUUCUCGCAAAAGCAGUCAUCCUACGGUCCUCGGACUUGGGAGAGGGUAGGGCCGCCUUAUAAGACUCACGAAGACAGGAAGAGACGAAAAGUUACAGAUAAGUCGACAGUAAUGGUCAAACGAAUGCCAUAUACCUUGGAUAUUACAACUGAUACCGAUAGCAGACAUUUGAAUUCUUAGGAAAAUAUUGUAAUCGAAUUGUGCGGCAAUACUAACACAAAAGGUUCAAAGGUUCAAAUUUUCAUUUGCCGUAUUCAAGGGUACUUGGUGCCUUUUUGGUUUUUAUGCUAAUGCAAAUUCCCCUGUUCAUGAGCAAAAGUGUGAUGUCAUAGGCAGAAACCUCAAUGCUGCAAUUGGUUUGUGCACAAAAAGAUGCCAGAAUUUUCGAUCGUUGUUGUGUCAGUUUAUGGCAAUAAGCCAGUGAGCAAACUUUUCUCACAAAUGUUUUCAAUGAGGAAAUUUUGGGGUGCACAAUUUCAACAGAAAACACCUAAUAUUAACAGUGUCUUACUGAAAUGACAACUGCGCCCUCAGUUGUCUGGAAAAGCAUGGACAAUUUUCAAUGUGUAUAAAGAAGUGCACUUUUCAGUAAAAAAAUAACCAAAAGGGGUGUCAAUUAUAGUUUUCAUACACUUAAGAAGAUUAGAAAGUAGCACAAAAUAAGAACCGAAGAAAUAUUCACUUCAUGGGCCCAAGUCCAUACAGUGUUCUCAUUGUACAGCAUGGACUUUCUUCGUUUCAUUUCAUUGAGAAGCGGCAGGACUUAAAAACACCUAAAUAACCACCGAGGUAAAACCUAUCAAAACACGAUUUCAAAUAUCCAUGAUAAUUUAACUGCAAUGAAUUAAUUGCCACAUCAACUUGGAAAUUUCAUAUGAAUUGACCAAAUCUGUUUUGUUUAAACCAGAUUUUGCCGUCGAGGUUAUGCACUUUAGUCAAAAUUAAUGACAAAAACUAGUAAUGAAGUUAAUUGAGAGGGAAAAUAGUGUUAUAAAUUACUUGUAAUUUCCAUUAUUUUAGGCAAAACAAAAUAAUCAACUAAUUUCUCGUCUGCGUGCCCUGUUUUUUUUUUUUUUACCGCCCACCGUUUUCCCCUUUUGUCUUUUUAUUUGUUUCCACCAAAAUUGUAUAUAUGAAAGGUUAAAAUCUUGCGGAGAUGACGGCUGCUUUGGACACAAAAGUAUCAGCAAAAACGUUUUUAUUGACUUUGCCUUAUAGAAAGAAUUUGACUUUGUCAACGGGUUCAUAGUUUAUAUAUAUACAGUAUAUAUAUUUUAAAUAAGAAGUUAUUAAGAUAUACUCUUUAUAAUGAUGCGAUGGCAGUCUAUAUAAAGAAUUUGUUUGGUUUGGUUUCAAUAACGUUUGUUCACAAAAAAAACUACAACCACUUUUGUAUUUAGCCAAAUUUGCCCACUCGUUGAUGUUGUAGCACUCUCCUAUAGUGUCCGCCAUAUCUUAAAUUUCUGACGUGUAAACUUACAUCGUGGAUCAAUUGUCAUAUUGUUAACUUUUGAGAAGAAUUGCUUUUGACAUGUAGGCCCUACUCUCCAAACGUGGGCCUCUGAAAAUCGUGGGCCUUAUUGUCCUCAAGUUCAAGGUCCACUAUUGAAUACAGAUACUUACAUCCUAAAACAAGACUAGAAAUAGGUCAUUCCAUAGAAUCCAAAUGGGUGACAUGAGUUUUGAGUCUCAGUUUUACCUGAUCGUUAUGUAUAAUUUACGUGUAAGUAUAAAAAAAAAAUUAAAAUUGACUUCAGAUAAUUUUUGUUUGUUUGGCAGGUACUAAGUUUGCAUAAGCACUCUUGGAGAGAGAAGGUAUUAAAAAUGUGUCCUGAAUUUACAGAAUCGUAUAUCAGAUGUAACAUG